AUGCACCCGAAGGCUUUCGCAAACGAUGGUACUGCUAUUGGUACGGUGUGCUGUGAGGUGGAGAAGGUGAGGAUAUCGGGCAAACGCCGCUAUCGUCUGUGCAUUUUGACGAUCGGCGUGCUGGACAAAUACCGCCGCUCCAAACUAGGCAGCUUACUACUCGAAAGCGUGAUCAAGCAGGCUCGCAGGGAUAGACUUGCCUAUGUAUAUUUGCACGUACAGACCUGCAACGCGGCUGCGCAGCGCUUCUACUUAGUACACGGCUUCGAAGUCACUAAGCUUAUGCGCAACUACUACUCGCAGCUCAAUCCGCCACACUGCUUCGUGUUGCGCAAGCAGCUCAGCUAG